UCCCUUUGAGCCCUGGUGUCCCUGUCUUAAUCUCGCUCUCUAGGAGUUUAAUGCAGAGAGAAGUGAGUGGCGUGUGCUUGAUGUGGGAUGCCCCCUUUAGCUUCUGCCUCUCGGGGGGGAUUAUGUCGUCACGCUGGGCCCCGAGGCCAUUAUAAAUGCCCCCUAUGGCCCCUUUGUGGUCCGUCAGAACAGAUCUACUAGGUGUGGACAGGAUAUGCUCUUUAACCUCUUCUGUGUCGCUCAUCUAGAAUUAGCCGUGUAGAUUUAGCUUUUAGCAUCGAUGUUCAGGUCUCUCUGACAAAACCCUCCAAAUCUUCUGCGCGUGCACACACACAACCUCACACACCUCAUGUUUCUUUAGCAGUCUGGGUGUUGUGCAGGUGAAGAUAAACGACGUUGGCAGAGACGACUUGUGCGCGGCUACAUGUGUGACCGUUUACUCGCGGCUUCCCACACGGCCUUAGCUAACGGCUAGUUCUAUAAGGCGGACUUUCAUCACUUCUUUCGCCCUCGAUUGUUUUUUUUUUUUGUUUUUUUGCGGCAGCUUCAGAUCAACUAGUUAAGGAUUUUACUUUUUGUGUACUUUUGUGUACUUUUUUUCCUCAAAGACACUUCCUUUAGCCAUUUUUGCUAACUCUAAAUAAGCUUUGGUUUAUUAUUUUAGUUGGAUCUCAUACUUCAUGAUGUGGGAGUUCCGCUCUAUGAUGUUCUGGCGGGCGGUGUUCGCAGAGUUUUUCGGCACCAUGUUCUUCGUCUUCUUUGGGAUGGGCGCAGCGCUACGCUGGACCUCCGGGCCGUACCACGUCUUCCACACUGCCCUCUGCUUCGGUUUCGCUGCUGCCACGCUCAUCCAAUCCAUCGGCCACAUCAGCGGAGGACACAUCAAUCCGGCCGUCACCUUCGCCUACUUAGUCGGCUCUCAGAUGUCCUUCUUCAGAGCGUUCUUCUACAUCUGCGCUCAGUGCCUGGGGGCCAUGGCAGGAGCCGCGGCCCUUUAUGGAGUUACACCCAACAACAUGAGAGGCACUCUGGCACUUAACACGCUGCAGCCCGGCAUGAGUCUCGGCAUGGCGACUACAGUGGAGGUGUUUCUCACCAUGCAGUUGGUGGUUUGCGUUUUCGCCGUCACAGAUGAGAGACGAAACGGCCGUCUCGGUUCUGCCGCUCUGUCUAUUGGCUUCUCUAUCACCAUGGGCCACCUGAUGGGGAUGUACUACACUGGAGCUGGCAUGAACCCAGCUAGAUCUUUCGCUCCUGCUAUCAUCAUGAGGAAUUUCAUCAACCACUGGGUGUACUGGGUGGGACCCAUGAUUGGUGGUGCUAUGGGUGCCAUCCUGUAUGAUUUCAUGCUGUUUCCCCGUAUGCGGGGUCUCUCCGAGCGGCUAGCCACUCUCAAGGGCAGCCGGCCCCCAGAGGCCGACAACCAGCAGGAGACCCGCGGGGAGCCCAUCGAGCUGAAGACUCAAACCCUAUAAACCUGCUAAGAACCUGUGGACCCAAAUCUGGCUCUACCUCACUGGACCAUCUCGCUGGGGGUCGCAUAUCCACGCUAAACUCAUUAAGGGAGAUGAAUUGAGUACUCUAUUUUGUUUAGUAUUAUAGGUUUGUUGCUGAUAUCAAUGCAGGGCAGGGGGCGGGGUUGAGGCAGGGUUCGGGUGGAUGUGGGCGGGGCUAGAGCUGUUUAUUUAAGCAUGCUUUUCACUUUUCAUCUGACUUCACUUUCACAAUUCCUUUUCAAUUUCGUUUUCUACAACACCAAAGAUGUGGAUGUAUGCAACUUAACCAGGGUUUCACACUUUUUAUUUCUAAUUUCCGUGAGAGUUCACGUGGGUGUGCAAGUGAGUGCAAAUGUGUGGGUCAUUGUGUGUGUGUGUGUGUGUGUGUGUGUGUGAGUGUGUGUGAGACCGUGCCCAGGUAUGUACGUGUGUUUAGCUCGUGCAUGAUAAUCAAGUGUAUGUGUGUGUGUGUGUCUGUCAGCUGAGCAGUUAUUUUGGGUUUUAUCAUUACAGCUCGCUCGUGUUUGUACCACGCUUAUGUUUUUUUUUUCUUUCUUAUUUUUACGGGACUCGAAGACACCCCAAAAUGUAUUGUUUGCAAUGAUAUUCCAUUCACUUUGACGUUCACACAAACCACCCGUGGACUGAGCUGACUAAACACAGCCGGUCUUUGCAAUUACUUCUCAAGUUUACAGUGUCUGUGCCUUUCAUUAAAUCUUGUUUGAGGAUAACAUCCAUGACUGUGCAAAAAAAAAAAAAAAAAAAGAAAAAAAAAAAAAACAGCAACAUGAAUCAUAUUUGAAUGCAAAUAAAUACAUGAAAAGAAAGUGUUUGUAUAUCCUAUCGCAUGCACGCAUGCUUCAUUUUGCUUGCAGUAUGAAUGAUGCAGGGACUAAUAUUAACACCAGACGGCGCUGUACAACAGUCUGUGACCUCAGAACAUUCAGCUGCCAUUACAGUUUUAUUAUAGCGGGGUUUAAUUAGAUCAGUGGUUCUCAAACUUUUUUACUCCGAGGCCCCCCUCCAAUCCGAAUAAAUACUGCAAGCCCCCCACCCAACAUUCACUAAAACCUUUGCAUUCUCUUGUU